AUGUUAAAGGUUUCUGGUAAUUUUAACAGAUCAUUUGGAAAGAUUUUGAGUAUUUCUAACCGAAAUUUUCUUUUUAAAUUCUAUGAAUGUCCUUUUUAUCGAAUUGUCCGGCGUUUUAAUGAAACUGGACGUAUUAAUAAUGAUAUUCAAAUCAAUGGACAAAAAAAACAUAUUGAAAAGAGUUGGAAGCCUAUGAGAUGGAUUAUUUUUGGAUCCUUUAGUGCAUUAAUAGCAUUAGUAGCAGGAACUAUUUGUGUUGAAGUAUAUGAAGAUAAAUGUUGGCUUGGCAAAAAAUUUUACGUAUGGUUUCCUUCUAUUGAAAAAUUGAUGUUGGAGAUUCGAGAUUAUGGAUUUUAUGAGAGGUACCCUGAUGCAAAAGAAGCAAUUGCACGACAAACAAAAAACGAUCGAGAGUCUAAUACAAUAGAUAUUAUUGAAGAAACGUUUAUUAAAGAACCAUUUAUGUCAUCAAAACAAAAGGAUAUCUCAGUUCCCUCUAUGCAAGAAAGUACAUCAAAAAGUGAAGUUUCUUCUGUUCAAAAAGAAUCUUCUACAAAUAAAACAUCAGAUAAGGAACCAAAAACUUCUCAAUCAAAACCUUGCACCGAUUCUAGUUGUUCUGCUAGUAAUAUAGAAGAAAAAACAUCUUCAAAAGAUAUUUUACCAAAAAAUUCAUCGGCACCAUCUUCAGUUUCAUCGUCUUUUAUAUCUUUGAACCAAGAAAUACAUCCAUCUGUUCGAUCAUUGGCUGAAUCUGUAAAUGCUAUAAUAACAGCAAUUAAUGAUUUAAAUGCAAAUGGACUUCUAAAAGAAUCCCUUAGUGCUUUAAAAAAUGAUAUUACUAUUUUAAAUGCAGCUCUACACCAAACAGAUACUCAAACAAAAACUACAAUAGAUCAAAAAUUAUCCGAACAGAAAUCAUAUUUUGAAGACCUUUUAAAGGCUCAAGAAACAAGUCUUCAAACACAAUUAGCAAAUCAGGAAACAUAUUGGAUGACAGUUUUAAAACAAGAAUAUGAGCGUCUCUCAGAAACUUAUCAUGAGCGUUUAUUGGGGGAAUUAAAAAAAUUGAAGGAGUUAAAUGAAAAAAAACUUAAGAACGAACUUAUUCAGCAAGCAAUUGAAUUGCAAAGACGAUGGAUACGUGAAAUGAAAGCUCGUGUUGAAGAACAACGUGGUAGACGAUUAGGACAACUAGAGCAUCUUUAUAAACAUGUAAAACAACUAGAAUUUAUGUUUUCACAAGCAAGAGUCUUCUCUGAAAGUGCUAUGCAUGUUCAACGGCUGCAAAUUGCAUCACAGGCAUUGCGAAGAAUUAUAGAAGAUCCACAACAAAAACCAUUUACAAAAGAGCUUUAUGUGUUGAAAGACUUAUCAGAAAAAGAUGAAUUCAUGCAAACAGUAAUUCAUACGAUUCAGAAAGAAACUCAUGAACAAGGAAUUAUGAGCAAAACUCAAUUAACUGAUCGAUUUCAUCAUUUAGCUAAUGAAAUCUAUAAAGUCAGCUUAUGUCCAGAUAAUACAGGCGUUCUAGGAUACAUGGUUAGUCGAGUAUUGAGUUUCUUUAUGUUCCGAAAAACGGGGAGAGCUGACGGUGACUAUGUUCACCAUAUUCUUGCACGUACUGAAAAUUAUCUCGAAAAAAAUAACUUGGAUGCAGCAACACGCGAACUAAAUCAGCUUAAAGGAGUCCCAAGAAAACUUGCUUCUGACUGGCUUAAACACGCUCGCCAGAAUCUCGAAGUCAUACAAGCUCUUAAUAUGAUUGAAACAUAUACACUUUUACAAUCUACUUUGUUUGUAUAA